AUGCACGAUUCCUGGCUGUCCGUUUUGAAGGACGACCUGGUAACGAACGAGUUCUUGGGCUUGAAGCGCUUCCUGAAGGGUGAGAAGGAGCUUGGGAAGAAGGUUUAUCCUCCGGAGGGGGAUAUCUAUUCUUGGAGUAGAUAUACGCCCGUUGGGUCCGUGAAGGUUGUCAUACUUGGGCAGGACCCUUAUCAUGGCGCAAAUCAGGCUCACGGUCUCUCCUUUUCCGUACGCCCUCCAACCCGUGCGCCACCUAGUUUGAAGAAUAUGUACAUCGCACUGAAGAAGGACUAUCCGGACUUCACACCCCCGGCCGGAGGCCUCGGCCUCCUGACGCCGUGGGCGGAACGCGGCGUCCUGCUGCUGAACGCGUGCUUGACCGUGCGCGCCUCGGAGCCCAACAGUCACGCCAACAGGGGGUGGGAGAAACUCACGCAGAAGGUGAUAGACGUCGUCGCCGCAAGGAAGGGGGUGGUCUUCCUCGCGUGGGGGAAGCCGGCGGAGAAGAGGGUUGCGAAGGUUGACAAGAGGAAACAUGCAGUUCUGCUCGCCGCACAUCCCAGUCCGCUCAGUGCAUCCAGGGGUUUCUUCGAUUGCGGCCAUUUUAGAAAAGCGAAUGAGUGGCUGGUUGAGCGGUAUGGUGAGGAUGCUGAGAUCAAUUGGAGCUUGGCAGUUACCGUCGUUCAGAAGAAGCCCGUCGCGAAGCGGAAGGUGGAGGAGGUGGAAGCCGAGGAGGUUGGUGAUGAUGAGCGUGAGCUGUUGGAGACGGGUAAUCGCGAGGUUUCCAGAGUGAAGAAGAAGAGUCGUGCUAGGGAUUCUCUGGGUGAAGUGUUUGAUGAGGAUGAGGAAGCAGCCAUGAUCGAGGCUACUAUUGCUGCUGAGGUAUCCUUGGGGUCCUGAACUCUCGUUCGUGGGGAUUACAAAUAUGCUUGUUUAGUUUUCGCAGUUACUUUCUUUGAUUAAUUUAUUUUUCGCUUGGUGCGGCAUCUCUUAGUAUUGCUAUCACUACUGUUGUCACCAAAGCCUCUUCUAGGACCCGGUGCAUGUGUACAGUACCAUCAUUAUUCUCCUUCAAAAGAAAAACAUCUCUAUCAAAAAA